UGCAAUGCCGUUGCGCCAUGCUACAUAUCCAACAGGAGAUAAGAGACACCUCCAGUACUAGUAUCAAUUAAUUAUCUACUCCUUAGCAAGUUAGCAAUGGUGCCGCCCGGUGCGUCCCUCCUCUUUCUCCUCAUCCUCCUCACCGCCGGUCGCGCCACCUCGGCUGCGGCUAACAAUAAGCCCCAGUUGCAGCAGCUAGUGCAGUCCACCUGUAACUCCACAACCUACUACGAUGUUUGCGUGGCCGCUCUUGCUGCCGACCCCUCCAGCUCCACCGCCGUCGACGUCCGCGGCCUCUGCGCCAUCGCCGCAUCCGCCGCCGCCACAAACGCCUCAGCAGCCGGAACAUCGGUCCUCGCUAGCGCGGCUGCAUAUCAAUCUCAGGUGCCGGAGCGUGCGGCGCUGCUCCGUGCGUGUGCCGCCAGGUACGCCGACGCGCGACAGGCUCUGGCCUCGGCGCAGGAGGCCAUCAAGGAGGAGGCCUACGACUACGCGUUCGUGCACGUCAGUGCGGCGGCUGAGUACCCAACCAUGUGCAGGGCACUGUUCCGACGAACCCAAACUCCGCGGGGGUACGGAUACCCGUCGGAGCUGGUGAGGCGUGAAGAGGGUCUGCGCCGCCUCUGCACUGUCGUCCUCGACAUUAUCUCCCUCCUCGUGCCAUAGCCUACUAUAUAUCUAGGUACUAGCUAAUGCUCCCUUCAUCUCUAAAUUAAAUGUAUGCCGUCGUUAAACCGUUUGUCUUAUUUAAAAAUUUAUAUAAUUAUUAAUU